AUGCGAGAUUUUGGAAGCCUCGACCCGCUGCACCGCAUUGCACCCGUUACAUUCAUGGACGCAGACUAUGUCGACAGCCCUUCCCGCCCUCUUGCUGAGAUCGAGUUCCGAUACCGGUCGAAGGAAGCUCUCAAGUACCUGUCCAUAAUCCCCCGCACACCUAGCCCAGAGCCCUUCAAGGAAGAUCUGUCGGAGGAGAAGGUGCAGAAGAUCUACGUAAGUGUUCUUCAUUACAUCAUGUCAAGACGCAAGCUUACAGAACACCGUAGCUCAAGCACGAGGAGACCCAGUCUCGUAAGCGCGACCACCCCGAUGACGACCAUGACUACGAAGACGUAG